CGAGCUAUUAGGCCAUUCUUGUCUUUACUAUUUUGUGAAUGAGUGUAUACUCAAAUGCUGGAGUAUAAGUCAGAGGGCAUGCGAGUAUGUAAGCCUGAAUGCUGGAUGAAGCACCCCAAGCAUAUGUAGGAUGGGGGACUCAACAACUCCGGAUCAUUCGAUAAGCAGAAGCAGCAAGCAGUUGCAGUCAUACUUCUGGGUCGCUCUUGCCGUCCCUCGACGAUUGUCAACCAUCUCUCCCCAUUUCCCAGUCCAUCCAUAAUGGCUUCCUGCAAGCAUAAAUCUCCCAUGCAUGAAUACGAAAACCAAGCCCAGCGAGCACAAGCAAAGAUGCAGGACUCUGAGCGAAGAGCCCCAAGUCAUAUAUCGACACCCCAGAUCCCCUUCAAUCCUGGUUCAAGUCGCGAAUCGAUCAUUUCCCCGGCCCGGAAGAGGGCUUCGCAUUCGCCGACCCCGAGUCGAUAUCUGUUGCAGAGCUCGAUACCCUUGGCCAAGCGGAAUGGUUGCGCCCGCCUGCAGUCGUGCAGGGACAUGCGGUUAGGCCUAGACGAGAUAUGGUCGAUCCAGGAGGGAUCCCUGGUUCUGUGCAUCAACCCAUCCUUUACCAUAUCCGACCACGUGCAGCCGAGAUGGGAUGAGCUUGAGCUCGUGGCCGGAGAAAUCCUGGUCGUCUGCCGCCUGUAUGCCGAUUUGUGGGCUCUUUGUGCCAGUGCUUCGUUUCCUUCCGCCGCAAAAUCCAACGAGACGGCCAAUGCCCAGCCAAUGAGCCUUGCAUUCGUGCCUCUCUGCGCAGUGACACUUGUAGCGAACUUCUGUGCUUUCAAUCGAAGAUGCAUCGAACAUGAUCUUCGCGACCCUAGUGCUCCGAGAUUUCCAGGAAACGGACUCCCUGUGAUGCCGCCUCCUCGUUCGUGCAGCCUCAUUGAUAGUAUGCAGCUGGCUCAGUCUGACCGACUGCAUAACCGACUUCCAGAGGUAGUAUCCGAUACGCUCAACAAGGUGUUGCCGGAGUGCGUCGAAGCUGAUUAUGUGCCCCUCGACCUUCAUGUCGGAGCCCUCCUGUCCAAUCUGAACCUUUCCAAUCUGAAAGCUAGACGUAAUCGCCAGUCACAAUGUCUAGGUAUACCCGCAGCGGUUGAUCCGCAACCGCAACCCACUGAGCCAGAUCCAAAACCUGCCUCCUCUGCAAGCCAUAGAUUCAGGAAACUGCUUGGACUUGCGUGAUCCGAGGUCAUUCGCAUUCGUGGUACUAUUUGUGAAUGCGAUAGAAAGCCUCCAUUAGGGAAAGACCCGAGAGAGCUGGUCAUGAAAGGUUAUGAACACAGCUUCAUUCAUGCUAGAUGUCGUGUUUGCUCCAAAUUAUUCGACGCCUUGAAAUGGGGUUGCUCGCACUGGACUGAAGCACAGUAGUUGACUGGCAGCAACUCAGCAACGAGGACAGGUCGAGCCAGCACUUGGAAGUGUCAGAUCUCAUAUUGUA